AUGGAUGAAGGACCAAGUGACACUUGGAAAGAUCUGUUCGAUGUAAGAUCAACAUCACUAUCUGGGUAUGUGACAUCUUCCACAAAAUUGGACAAGUUGUUACAGGAGUAUGAUUAUGCAACUUCCUCUAGGUUCCGUUGUUUAAAAAGUUCCAAACAAUUUGGAAAGGAUGUUGAUGUAGGAGAGAUUGAUAAAUCCCAUAUCAGAUUUGUGGACACACAGGAAAAUGCUGAACCCCAUAUAGAAUAUGAUGCUAUCCUUUUCAUUAUUAUGGGCAAAAAAAUCUUGGAAUGUCACCAGGGAUAUGACAGAGACAAAUGAAACAACCAAAAGAAACAAAGCAAAGCAAGA